AUGGCAUCGUAUGCUUACCGUCAAGAACCAUCUGCACCACCUAUGUAUCCAGAAGUUAAUGAUAUUCGUCCAGUACUACCUGUUCGAUCUGAACUUAAUCGACAUCCACAAGAAGAAACUCUUUUACCACCUAGAGUACCAGUACGUAUGGAUAAACCAACAUCUCGUUCACCUGUCGAUGCUGGAUUAAGAAGGGAUGAUAAUGAGGGAAAUACUGGUGAUACAAAUAAUGAUUUUGCAUAUAACUAUAAUCGUUAUGCAACAAAAAAGACAAUCGGUCAUUUCUUUAUGAUAGUGGCUUUACUUACAAGUAAUGUUAUGCAAUUACGAACAUUAAUAUUACAAAAACAACAUGAUAGCAUAUGGAUAAUAUCUCUAGUACUUGCUUGUAUAUCGAUUUUAUUUCAAAUUGGUUUAAUUUUUAUUCUAUAUAUUAUUGCUAAAGGUGAUAUAAGAAAUUCUCAAAAACAAAUCCAACUAGAACGAUAUAAUAAUUUUGCAUUAAUUAUUAUAAUAUUUAUAGCUAUUAUUAAUGUUAUUAUUAAUAUAUUUAUGUUAACAAUAAAUUCAAAAAGUUUUCUAGAUACACGUGCAUUAGAAAUAUUACAAAAUCAGAAUUAA